AUGACGUCAAGGCAAGGUCGGAAAGUUCUCUCCUGCGUAUGCCUGCACGUGCUCCAGCACCAAGACGAUGAAGAGGCAAACCCAGUCGGCCAUUCUUUACUCUUCAUCAACACGAAUCGCCCGCCAUCCCAGUUUGCGCCUGCCAUGGAGAGAGAGACUACGAUGCAAGGCCGCCAAGAACCGACAGGCCCUCGCCGAAAGCCAAUCCUCCUCGUCUGCAGGACGUUUGCCCUGCAGUGGAUUGCCCUCAACUGGCUCGAUGGCCUUUUCAUCAGUGCCAUCGCCGGCAUUUCCUUUGGCAUCUACUACGCCCCCCUCCCCUUUACGCGAACGUUCCCCGUCACAUUUGGCGAUUCGGGCGACAUCGUCUACCCGCAGUGGGCGUACCCGUACCGCGGCUGGAUCAUCCCCUCGUGGCUCUCGGGCUUCGUCUCCAUCGCGAUGCCCAUCGGCGUCUACCUGCUUGCGCAGGUGCGCGUCCGGUCGGCGUCGGACGCAAGCAGCGCCGUCGUCGGCUCCCUCUGGGCCGUCGUCGUCUCCACGCUCGUCCAGGUCGUCACCAAGAUUCUCAUCGGCGGAUUCAGGCCCUACUUCCUCGACGUCUGCAUGCCCGACCUCUCGCUCGCCGGCUCGGCCAACCGAACGGGCCUCAACGGCGUCGGCUUCGGCCGCGUCAUGUACACGACGGAGAUUUGCACCCAAACGGACGGUCCGAAGCUCAGGAACGCCAUGACGUCCUUCCCGAGCGGCCACGCGACGGUGGCCUUUGCCGGCUUCGGCUUCCUCUUCCUCUGGCUCAACGGCAAGCUCAAGGUCUGGGCCGACCACAGGCCGGCCGGGUGGAAGCUCCUCCUCACGCUGCUGCCACUCUUUGUCGCCUUCCUCAUGGCCUGCUCGCUCACCAUCGACGCGGCACACAACGGCUACGACAUCGUCGCCGGCUCCGCCAUCGGCUCCCUCGCGGCGCUCGCCGUCUACAGGACCUCGUACGCGGCCGUCUGGGACUGGCGCUACAACCACAUUCCGCUGCGACGCCGGGAGCCGUUUGUCUACGGCGCCGGGGAGGAGGAGGAGGAGGAGGAGGAGGAGGAGGUCGAGGGCUACGCCGGCCAGACGUUGAGCCGCAGCGCCGGCUGGGGCAGGCAGCGACGACGGCGUCUGCCGAAGCGGCAGCCGGAGAGCACGCGAGGCAGUCCCGUCUACGCCACGGCUCGUAACGGCGCCUCGGAGGCGGCGAGAGCCGGGAACGCGCGGCCGCCGGCCCGGGACCGGCACAGGCAAGCGUUGACGAACGACGAGGCCGUGUGA